CGGAAUCUCAACACCCUCACAAGUCAUUCAUUAUCCGUGCCCAAAAGUUUAAAGAGGACCCAUAAACCCUAUACAAACAUCACUAGUUCUUAAACAAUGGUCAUGGGAGGAUCAAAUUCCUUCUCACCUGACAAGCAAGAAUCAUCUUUAUCAUCUUUACUAUCCGAUAGUAGCGGUUCUCAGCAGGACUCGCCCAGUUCGAACGAGAAAGUCUUACUAGCAACAAGUCGUCCGAAAAAGCGUGCAGGGCGGAGGAUAUUCAAGGAGACUCGUCAUCCAAUCUUUAGAGGUGUUAGGAAGAGGAAUGGCGAUAAAUGGGUUUGCGAAUUGCGUGAACCAAAUAAGAAGUCACGUAUUUGGCUAGGCACAUAUCCUACACCCGAAAUGGCAGCCCGGGCACAUGAUGUAGCUGCUUUGGCAUUUAGGGGAAAAUCAGCUUGCCUUAAUUUUGCGGACUCGGCAUGGAGGUUGCCUGCGCCGAUUUCAAAUGAGGCUAAGGACAUCAGGAGGGCAGCAAGUGAGGCAGCAGAGUUGUUUAGGACUUCAGACCUUGGUGGUCAAGUGAUGGAAGAUUUCAGGAGGGAGGACCGUGGUGAAGUUUGUUGUAGUACUAAUGAUGACAUAAGAGAUUUGCCAUCUGAAAAUGUGGGGUAUAUAGACGAAGAGGCAGAAUUUAACAUGCCAGGGUUGCUUGCUAAUAUGGCAGAAGGCCUUCUACUCUCUCCUCCACAUUAUACUGGGGACUGGAAUGAUGGGGAAAUUGAUGCUGAUUGGUCGUUGUGGAGUAGUUAAUUUGACGUGUCAGGGUUUUGUGGAUUUUUCUCUUCUAGCUAGUUACAGAAAUUCAAAUUUUUUGGAAAAUGUUUGAUCGGAGGAAUUAAUGUCAUGGGAUAAAUUGUGUGUGUGUGUGUGUGUAUAUAUAGAAAACAAGCUGACAGGCUCGAUGGCUAUUAAACAUCAGAGCAUGUCUUGAUAUAUUGGGCAGAGUGCAACUUCUUGAUGUAUAAGCUUAACAUUCAAGAAAUUCAGAACGAGUCGCUGAGAUAGGUGGACAGAAGAAUAACAUUGCGAAGAACUGAUAGUUCUCUCUCUUGUUUAUCGACCUAGCAAGCUAUGUAAAACAUUUUGGAUUUUCGCUCAGGUACUCUGCCAAUCAACAGCCGACAAAGAGAUGUCGUGGUCACGAAAGUAAAGUCUGUUCUAACAUAGAUAACAAUGUUUAGUUUGGUAGAUUAUUAAUGAAAAUAAGUUCUCGCUUA